UCUUUUCCCUCACUGCCUUCGAUCAUUCCCCUCUCUCCCUCUCUCCCUCUCUCCCUCUCUCCCUCUCUCUCUCUUCCCUGUAACCGAUAAGAAGCUGUAAGAGUGGAGAAAAGUAGAAAGUGUUGGCCUGGGAAAAAGGCGAACCAGUACUCACUCCACCAUAGCAAGUAAAAGAGCCUCUUUUUCUCAUCCUCCCGGCUCCAUUGUGCGCUCUGGAAUCCCACUUGAAGGUGACAGCUGACGCAACUUGGAGAGCUGAAGCCAUAAGAUCUCCUCCUCUGGAUUUUCUUCUCUCCUUCUUGCAUUCCGUCUGGACAAAAUAAUAUUUGAAGAAUGGAUAGGCGAAGUUGGCCUUGGAAGAGGAAGUCAUCUGAGAAAGCAAGUGGUGACUUUGAAUCUGUUAGGGCUUCUAUGUCUAACACAGGAAUCAAGCAGGGAGAGCAGGAGCAUACAAAGCCUGUGAGUUUCAUACAAAUUUCUGUAGAAAAAUAUGAACAUUUUAUUGUUAUUGAAGAACAAGUGUUGGCUCUGAAUGAAAAACUGGAUGAUAUGACGGAAAAGCUAUCCUCAGCUCAGGCUGAUAUGGCCACAAAGGACGAUAUCGUAAAGCAACAUGCUAAAGUUUCCGAAGAAGCUAUUUCAGGGUGGGAGAAGGCUGAAGCUGAAACUUUGGCUUUAAAACAGCAGCUCGAAUCUGUAAUCCUUCUUAAACUCACUGCUGAAGAGCAAGCAGUUCAUCUAGAUAACGCACUUAAGGAGUGUGUAAAGCAGAUUCGUAACGUGAAGGAUGAAAACGAAAGAAAACUCCAUGAUGUCGUCUUUGCAAAGACCAAACUUUGGGAGAAAGCGAAAUCUGAACUUGAAGCUACGAUUGCUGGUUUUGAGCAAGAGCUCCGUAAGAAUUCUGCCGAUACCGUCGCAAUUUCAAGGUCUCUUCAUGAACGAUCUGCGUUGUUGAUGAAAAUCAAGGAAGAAAAAUCUCAGGCUGACGCCGAGAUUGAAGAUCUUAAAACCAACAUUCAGUCAUAUGAAAGGGAAAUAAGCUCUCUGAAAUAUGAGCUAAAUGUUGUAACCAAGGAGUUAGAGAUUCGUAAUGAGGAGAAGAACAUGAGUAUGAAGUCUGCUGAGGUAGCGAACAAGCAGCACAUUGAUGAUGUGAAGAAGAUAACAAAGUUAGAAGGUGAGUGUCAGAGGUUGCGUGGGCUUGUGAGAAAGAGGUUGCCUGGUCCUGCUGCCUUAGCUCAGAUGAAACUGGAAGUUGAGAGGUUAGGCCAUGGUUUUGGGGAAUCCAGAGGAAAAAGACAGUCUGGUGAGAUGUUGAGCACCCAUCCAUUCUUUUCUCAAGAAGCCAAUCUUAAUGAAGUUGAGCAUUUUCACAAAGAGAUUGAGUUUCUUACUACUCGUUUACUAGCAAUGGAGGAAGAAACAAAGUUGUUAAAGGAGGCACUGUCUACAAGAAACAUGGAGCUUCAGGAUUCAGCAAACAGAUGUGCCAAAACAGCUAACAAACUUCAUAUCCUCGAAGCGCAGAUUCUCAUUUUGAAUCAGCAAAAGAUCUCUUUGAAGUCCUGUGCUGAAGUCUCCUUUGAAGGAUCUUUGAGUCAUCAUGAAAGCAACCAGAGUUUAGCUUCCAUGUCCGAGGAUGGAGUUGAUGAUGCAGGAAGCAGCGCAGAGUCUUGGGCCUCAGCUUUGAUUUCAGAGCUUUCACAGUUCAAGAAAGAGAGAAUUUCUAAUAUAAGUAAGAUUAAUCAGACGUCAAAUCAACUGGAACUUAUGGAUGACUUUUUAGAAAUGGAGAAAUUGGCAGGUUUGUCAUCAGAAAACAAUGUAGUUUUCACUGUUUCUGAUGAUGGAGCGAAUAAGGUGAAGAAUGAAAACUGUGAUGAAACUUCAUCAGUUGAUGUUCAUAUGGACGUGUGUAAAGAAAAAACUCCUAAUUUGAAACAAAAUCUAAAUUUUGAUUCGGUGGCUGAGAAUCUACCUUCAGAAAAAAUAUUAUCAAAGAUUCAGGAGCGAAUAGCUUCUGUGGCUGAAUCCAAGGUUCUUGAUUCCGAAACAGGAAAGCUUAUGGAACAAAUUAUGACAGUAAUUGCUGACCAUGAAACCUCUUUAAAGCAUCAUGACAACUCAUGCAGGAACAUUGAAAAAUCAAUGAAUCAGGACCUGAGAAGCGCCAUUUCUUGGAUCCGUGAUUUCGUUAUAUUGCUGUACAAGGAAGUGACACAGGGAAGGUCAUCUGACUUUCAGGUGGCGGCAGAGAAGCUCGAUGAGUUUUCAGAUUCUGUCAACAAAUUCUUCUGUAACAAUUUGAACACAGUUGAUUUUAUCCUUUCUUUGUGCCAUGUGUUGUCUGAAACCAAAGAGCUUAUAUUGAGAACAAUGACUACGGGGAAUAACAGAAGCACUGAUUCCAUUGAUAAGAUAACCUUCCUAGAGAAUGGAAUAGUUCAUCAUGAUUCAACGGAAGGGAAGCUACCUGCAGAUUAUGAUCUUUCUCCUAGCAAUCCUUCAUCUGAAUCUGAGGCCGCACCACAUAACUUCUCGUUUGAGGAAUUUAAAAAUCUAAAGAUGGAGAGAGAUAACAUGGAUUUAAAUAUCAUAACUUGGAGAGAAACAUCGGAACAUGCGAAACUUCAGCUGGCUUUAACUGAGCAGAAUUUAGCAGAGCUGAAACUGCAGUUUUCUGCUUGUCAGAAGUCAAAAGAUUUGGCUGAUACUCAACUGAGGUGCAUGACUGAAUCCUACAAGUUACUGGAAACACGUGUGGAGGAACUGGAAGCUGAAAUAAGCAUGCUAAGAUCAAAAGCAGAAACAUUCGAAAGUGAGCUCAUUUCAGAAAAGCAGAGUCAUCACGAUGAUUUAGCCAAAUAUGAUAGUCUGCAGGAGCAAAUGAGGAUCAUGAGGAAUUCAGAAGCUGACGCAGACACUAAAGCAAGACAUGAGAGGGAGAUUGCUGCAGCUGCAGAUAAGCUUGCUGAAUGCCAGGAGGCAAUAAUUCUCAUCAACAAGCAAUUAAAUGCCAUGCAUCCUCCUGUAGAGGCGACAAACAGGAGUAGCCGAUUCAGGGAGGAGCCUCGUCCGGUUAACUACGAUUCACCGCAGCCUCAGUUUUCAACAAUGGAAAAUGAAAACAUAUUGAUGUCGGUAAUUGAAGGAGUCGAGUCCCCGUUGACUGAAUAUAUCUCACCAUUCAGCACAUCAGACAUGGAAUCGAGCCCUGGUUUGAAACCAACUUGCAGCACAAAGCGUCCGAAGCACAGGUCUAGAUCAACAUCUGCUUCUUCUCUCUCAAGCAUUUUGAAUGAUAAGUCAGGGCGCGGAUUUAGCCGAUUUUUUUCAAAAUGACAGUGAGCUCUUGAAAUAGUUUUGGUAGUUAUUAUGUGGGUUUAUGUGGUCUGAUCACUAAUUCAUCUGAGGUCCUUGAGAUGGUUUUAGUUUAUUUACAGUUAGUAGAUUGUGAAGUUUGGAGGUUAGUGGGGAUUUAGUAGUGAUUAGAUGCAGUUAGUUUGGUUUUUUUGGAGCUGAAGCUCUCUGCGUUCCAGGAAUAUGUGAUUUUUUUUUUCUUUUUUUCCUCUCUCAGCUUUAAGUGAGCAGGAGAAUGCCAAUGGUUUGGAGCUUGAUGCUUGGCAUGGUUGUUGGUUGUAGCUGUACAUUUUUAUGAAUAAGUAAAGCUAUGGGCUUGGACAUAAUGGGCUAUUGGUUAUUUGUAGAAUUUUUCGGUUAUUGUAUGACAACUGGUUUUUUGUGAGGAUUUUUAUUUAUUUGAUGACCAUUGGUCUACAUAUGUAAAUGCCCCCC